AUGGCUAAUAGCGGACAACAGGAAUCAACCUGGAGUGGCGAAUUGUAUAACUUGAGCUUUGAUUCAGUGGAGGAAGAUUCUGAUAUUGCGUGGUUUAGCCUUAUACAGAAUUUAUCGCACAGUAAAUUGGAAGAGUUGAAAAUUCAAUUUGAAGGAAAACAAGAUCUGGGCUUAGAUAGAGAGGAAUUUUUAAAUGUCAUUUGUUCUUUAUAUGGUAAUUCAAAAUAUUCACUGCAGAGUACAUUGCUUUUCGAUGACAUCGGCAAAGGAAAGAAAACUGCUAUUACGUGGAACGACUUUUUAGAUUUUCUAAUAGAAAAUAUAAAGCCCAAAGUAGAUCAAAAGGUUUCCUUAAAUCUCAAUAAAAUAGAUAGUGUACCACAUACAAAGAGAGAAAGUAUUGUUAAAAUUGUGCCAAUAGAAACCGAAAAGUAUUUUUGCUAUGCAAUUGUCGCAAAACAUGGAAGAAUAGGCUUGUACGACGGCAAUUUGAAUUUUUUAACAUCCUAUCACGUCAUCAUGACUAGAGAGGACAUAACACGAUCGGAAUUCGAAAGAAGGAGAAGAAAUAGGUGGGUAACCGAUGCUUUAUUUUGUAAAGAUGUCUUGAUGUUGAUUGUAACAAAUACGGCGAGAAGUAUUGUGAUAUACGAGGUGUCUGGAUUAAAACAUGUGCCCUAUUGGUUGGUGCUUAGUACUCCUAAUAUCAUUGAGUGUUUUACUUAUAAAUGUUGUGAUAAAUUCACGAACCAAGGAAAUGAAAGCACACUGUUUACCGGUGACAGUUACGGAAAAAUCAUGUCUUUUACCUUUGUACAACCUAAAUCUGGCUUUCUGAGAAGAAAAUAUAAUGAUAAAAUUAGCCUGUUUUAUUGGAAUGAACUGCCAAAUGAGAAAGACUACGUUCUAAUUAAAUCUUACGGAAAAAUCCAUAAAAAUUCUAUAAGAAGGAUUAUGUAUGCAUCGAGCAACAAUACUAUUUUUACUUGUAGUAGAGACCCAGAAUUAUCAGUUGUACAAAGCUGUAUUUCAAAUAAAAAGAAGCUAUACGUUUUUAAAAUGAGAAGAGGAACAAGCUGUUUCACUUUAAGCAGCAAGUUGAAAUUGUUAAUAACUGGUAGUGAUGAUGGGUCCAUCAGACUGUGGAACUCUGUUGUUGUUUCCAAGCCAAUAGCUGUUCUCUUAGGGCACCAAAACGACAUAGUCGAUUUGAAAGUUAUGGAAAAUCAACAAGUGUUGUUAAGCUGCUCCAGAGACGGGGUGUGUAAACUGUGGGAUAUAGCAGAACAAAAGUGUAUGCAGACUAUAAAAAUAAAAUAUCCAUGCUUUGGCAUUGAAGGAAAACAAAUUGAAUGGGGUAAAGAAUGUAUUUUUCCUGGACCAAAACGACAUGACAGAUCUGACUUGGGGGUAGACACUUGGGAGACGUCAAACAUACUUGUGACUUGUUGUAAUUACAUAGCUAAUAUCGGGCUGACAUUUGAUAACAUAAACGUCGAAAAAUCGUUUCAAAUGCAAGUUUUACCACCUCCACCAUUACAGACUAGUGUUUUGAUCCCAUCUUCUUGGCGAAUCCAAUCCAAAACUGACGAUAUGAGGUACAAUAUCGAAAUAGUAUUACAUUUUAAUUUUAGAUAGAUAAUAUUUUUGGUUUCUAGUGAGAAACAGAGUGAUGACGUCACUUCAAAAGCAGACUUGAAGAAGUUGAAUUUUAUUUUAAAUAAAAAUUUAUUGACGGAAGAUUGCAUGAAAAGUGAUAUAAAUUAUAAAAUUGCUGUCUUGGAAACAAAGAAAACGCAAAUGCAGAAACAUGUAGCUAAAGGUGCACCAUAUUUAGCCCUGGAUUUGUUUGAAAUUGAAGAAUUGAAAUUAACAGAAGGUUUACCAGUUCCGUCCAAAAAAAGUAUAAAAAACAUCGUGGAAAGAACGGAAAAGUUGUUGGCUGAUGCUUCCAUGAAGGACCAAAUGUUUUCCGAAGCAUCUUCCAGUAGGUCCAAAUCCUCGAAAAGCAGCCUUAUUGAAUUGCCUUAUUAA